GCAGCUGGAUGGUUGAAUGAUCAACUGAAUUUCGACUCGUCGCCGGUACCGCGGCAGAGAUUUUCUUUUGUGACCGACCACCGGCGAACGAACACAGACAGUCGCUGUUGACCUCUGGUCCGCCUGUUUAAUCCGCUAACAGCCGUUGCAGUGAAGAGCCGUUGUGCGCGCACGCGUCUCCGCUUUGCGUUUCUAUCACAAUCUACAGCCAUCAGGCGGACAGUUGACUUGCGCCGUGUGAGCCGGGAGGAGGUUAAGUUGAGCCAUCGCGUUUGACCAUUAAAUUUAAUGCCGCGGAUGAAAGUGAUUUGCGUUGCGCUGUUUUCCCAGUGAACUAUACUUUGCGCGUUUAGCUGCUUGCUGCAGAGCAGACAACAGUUUAUAAUUAACUAUCUAUAUAAAUUGAACAGAUAAAACCACAUAUUCAAAAUGGGUAAUGCAGGAUACACAUGCAUUCGACGGACAUUCUGUUGGCUCAAUAUAAUAUUAUGGCUUUGCAGUUGUGCCUUCCUGGGUGUCGGCGUGUGGCUGCGUCUGUCGUACGAGGGUUACGCCACACUGCUGCCCGAUCAUCAGGUCUUGAGUGCAGACUCGAUUUUCUUAGCGAUCGGUGUGAUCGGCUUUGUUGUGUCGUUCUUUGGCUGCUGUGGUGCUUGGGUGCAGUCGCGUUGUCUCUUGGUGCUGUAUUUCCUGCUGAUUGUUUUGCUUUUCUUGAGUGAAUUCCUUAUUGGUGCGAUUGCUUUCCUCUUUCGUGGCGGUUUGGGCCGCACCUUCGCCAACGAAUUACGUUUCGGCAUUGAACGUCAUUAUAAUGCGUCGGAUCGUGGCAGUUUGAUUGCGCCAUCUGUGGCGGCAAUUUGGGAUAGUGUGCAGCAAUCGUUCGAAUGUUGUGGUGUAUCCUCGUAUGAGGACUGGUAUGAUAUUCAAUCGUGGAGCGGCAAACGUUGGGUGCCUGAAUCAUGCUGUCGUCCAUCGGAGGCGCGUAGCAUACUGACGGAGGGUUCUGGAGAUAGUUUUCUGCGAGUCGAUUGUGGGAAAUCCGAAAAUCCCGCGCUCUGGUGGAGUAAAGGCUGCGCCCACUCCUUGCAGUCCUGGUUCCAGGGCCAGCUGAAUAUCGUCGGUGCUGUUGGUUUGGGCAUUGCAUUCGUACAACUCUUCGGCUUAAUCACAUCGAUGUUGCUAUUCUGCACCGUUAAACAUAAACGUGAAACUGAGACAUACAAAUCGUAUUCACCCUCGAUUGAUCCGCAAACACGAACGAGUAGCUGGGAGGACUGAAGUCGACUUUAGCCGCACGCUAAGCGCAACGAUAGUAUUCUUAUCAUAUCUUAUUGAUUAAAGGCAUUUAAUUAAGAUAUUUAUAAAUAACACGACGAUUUAACGCAGUGAAAAACGAAUAGAAUUAGUAACUAAAAUAUUUGA